GGGGCAGGGAGGGAAAGAGAGAGUGGCUGACUGGCUCUGUGAUUGAUCUUUUUUUAGAAAGAUGAGCCCCUGCUGGUGGUGGUCCCAAUGCUGAUACACAGCCCAUGCUCUUCUGACCUCAAUAAUGUCUAGACCUGAGUUUGUGUGUGUCUAAGAAAGUGUGUGUGCUUGUGUGGGGUAAGAGGAAGAGUGUGUGUGUGUGUGUGUCCGUAUCCCGUGCUGGUGUGUGUGCAAGCGCCUGCCAACCUAGAGAGCGAGAGACCUGUGUCAUGUGACUGUGUGUACCAUGACCUCAUUUGCCGGUUGUGUAGCUGACUCUGGCUGUGACGUGGUUUCAGAGAACCGUGGUCUGAUUUUAGGACCCAGACUUAGGUCAUCUCCAGUCUGAUAGGAAGUCUGUUCCCUGCCCAACAACACCUCUCCUUCAGACACCCUGAGGACGCGAGGACUUCAAGACAUGGCUGAGGACGACCUGACCCCGGAGCAGCUGGCGGCCAUCGCUGCGGAGAACGAGGUGGGGGAGUCGGUCAACUACAAGCCGCCGGCCCAGAAGACCCUGCAGGAGAUCCAGGAGCUGGACAAGGACGACGAGAGCCUCCGCAAGUACAAGGAGGCUCUGCUCGGAGAGGGGCAUGCCGUGGCCGACCCCGGUGCCCCCAACGUCCAGGUGACCCGGCUGACCCUGGUCUGUGACACCGCCCCAGCACCACUCACUCUGGACCUGCAAGGGGAUCUAGAGGCCUUUAAGAAGCAGUCCUUUAUCCUGAAGGAAGGGGUGGAGUACAGAAUAAAGAUCAGCUUCAAGGUGAACAAGGAGAUCGUCUCGGGCCUCAAGUAUGUCCAGCAGACCUUCAGGAAAGGAGUGAAACUCGACAAGUCCGACUACAUGGUGGGCAGCUACGGGCCGCGGCCCGACGAGUACGACUUCCUGACCCCGCUGGAGGAGGCUCCCAAGGGCAUGCUGGCCCGCGGCACCUACAACAUGAAGUCCAAGUUCACCGACGACGACAAGCACGACCACCUCUCCUGGGAGUGGAACCUCAACAUCAAGAAGGACUGGAAGGACUAAAGAGAGACGGAGAGGCCUUCGGAACCCCCCCUCGUCCCACUCAUUUCACCCCAAGUCUCGUCCCUGUUCAUCCCCUCUGGUUUCCUUCCAUCCCUCGCUGCCCUUCUCGUCCGCUCAACACUCUCUCGUCUCGGCUCUCUUCCUCCGU